AACUUUGCGAUCUCCUCCUCCUCUCUUCUCCCUCUUCCUCUUGUUCCCCUUUUUCUCUCUCUCACUGCGUCCUUUUUUUUUAUAAAAGAAAUUUCCAUUUAAAGAGAAUUCAAGAGAUCGAUCAUGUUUGUGAAGAAGCUCGUCGAUAAGGCCACCAAAAAGCAGGCCGGAGAAAGCAGCAUCCACGGUCUGAAAGUAGAAGACGUGAACCCGCACCUCGCAUUCCACUAUGGAGUCCCUGCAGGAGCCUCUCAAAUGGCUUAUGAUCUCAUCCAAAACAUCCUCGCUAUCGCUACCAACGAUGGCCGCAUCAAAUUGUUUGGGAUGGACAACACCCAAGCUCUGCUCCAGUCGGAAGCACCCAUCCCGAGCAAAUUCUUGCAGUUCAUUGAAAACCAUGGUAUCCUCUUGAACAUAAAUGUUCAGAACCACAUAGAGGUGUGGGACAUCGAUACGAAGGAGCUAUGUUAUGUGCACAUUUCAAGUGAAGAAAUUACUGCAUAUGCUGUAAUGCAACAAAGUUUAUACAUGUAUGUUGGUAAUUGCCAUGGAGAUAUCUUUUUGUUGAAGCUCGUAACCGAAGAAAAGAAGCUAGUUAGUGUGCAAUAUACAAUUCCUUUCAGAGAAUCAUAUGGUAAAAUGAAUGAAGUAUGUGAUGACAAUGCAGUCAUAGGUAUUUUGCCACAGCCUAUGGCUGAAUCCAAGAGGGUUCUUAUUCUGUUUAAAGAUGGAGUAAUAAGUUUAUGGGGACUUCAAGAAAGUAAAGUAGUAUCAGUUACUGGUGGAAUUACACAGAUUUCAUCACAUCAGGAACCAAAGAAGGCAGUAGCAGCAUGCUGGGCAUGCCCAUAUGGAAGUAAACUGGUUGUUGGAUACAGCAAUGGAGAAAUUUUUAUUUGGGCCAUACCAACUCUGUUCUCAGAAGUAAACAAAAAGGAGUCACACUCUGCUCUGAAUAUUCCUCUUGCCAAGCUCAAUCUUGGGUACAAAACGGACAAAAUUCCUAUCAUUUCUUUACGGUGGGUUUCUGGUGAUGGACGAGCAAGUCAUUUAUACGUCAAUGGUUAUUCUGACAAUGGAUCUCAUUCAUUUCAGGUUGUAGUUCUGAAUGAAACUUCUGAAUCUCGAACAAUCAAAUUGGUUCUUCCUUUGACUGAAACCUGUCUGGCAAUGGAAAUUGUUUCAUGUUUUAGUGACCGAACCAAGCAUAAGCAAACUUCUCUUCUUCUCUUGUCAAAAUCAAACCAGUUACAUAUUUAUAAUGAUUCACAGAUUGAACAUUAUCUGUCACAAUGUCAAUCUAAAUCUUCUCCAUCACUUCCGAACCAUUUCGUGUUGAAGCCACCAUUCAAUGAUUCAGGCAUCACCAUUGCAAAACUUUAUACAAGCUACUCUGUUGAGUCCAAUAUUAUGAAUGAGGAACAAUUGAUGUUACUCAAGAAGUAUUCUAACCUCUUCCUGGUUGAUAAGAGGGAUACAAAUCAUUCAAGCUCUAACUUUAGUGGAUUUGCAAAGACAACUAGGUACUUGUGUAUAACUGGACACCAGGAUGGAGGAAUAAAUUUUUGGGAUGCCUCAUGUCCCCUUCUGUUCCCAAUUCUAUCAAUAAAACAACAGACUGAAGACAGCAAUGCUCCCAUCAGCACUCCAGUGACAGCACUGCAUUUCGAUCUCUCUUCCCAAACACUGGUUACUGGAGAUCAAAAUGGCCUGGCUCGGAUCAUCAAAUUCAAAAAGGAUCAGCAUGCCUCAGAUAACAUGUUCUCCUUUCUACAAGCAAAGCCUGGUGGCAACUACACCACUCGUAGUGUUAAAGUCAAAGGAGUUAUCCAAUGUAUCAGUGUGAAUCCUGAAUCUAACCAUCUCGCCAUGGGAACGGAUAAAGGAUUUAUAUUUGUGUUUGAGAUGGAAGGGACAAAUAUUUUGUACCAAAAGCAGUUUCCUAGUCAACUUUAUCCUGGCAUCAACUCUUUGCAGUUUGAGAACUGCAGCCAUAAUGGCUAUGCAAAGAAUAUUUUGUUGAUAGGCAUGCAAGAUUCGUCCUUUUUGGCUAUUGAAGAAGACAAUGGAACUGAACUGAAUGCUAGUGCAGUUCAUACUAAGAAACCAUCUAGAGCUUUAUUGAUGCAGAUAGUAGGUGCAUCAUCUGAUGGAGUAUACACUUCAGGGUCACAGUUACUGUUUUGCUCUGAAAAUGCUGUGCGCAUUUAUUCGUUGAGCCAUGCAAUGCAGGGCAUCAAGAAGGUGAAUAGUAAGAAAAAGUUAAGUGGCAACUGUUGCUAUGCGUCAAUUGUCUUUGGCCCAUCAUCUGACGUUGGACUCAUACUUGUCUUCGAGAGUGGCAAAGUGGAGAUAAGAUCCCUCCCAGAUCUAAGUCUCCUAAAGGAGGUAUCAGUUAGAGGUUUCCCAUAUUCCACUUUGAAAUCAAGUGCACAUUCUAGCAGUGUAAUAUGUGCUUCACCUCAAGGAGAACUAGUCAUAGUUAAUGGAGAUCAAGAGAUUCUCUUUUUCUCGGUUUUAGUUCAACAGGGAACAUACAGGAACCUGAAGGGUAUUAACCAGGUAUAUAAACAUAACAAUGUUUAUGUGGAAGGAGGGAGCCCAACUGCGAUAAAUGCUCAUAAAGAAAAGAAGAAGGGUAUAUUUAGCAUGGUCAGAGAUUUAACUGGAAAUAAGUCAAAACAUGGACAAGAUACUGACACUGAAGAGUCCAGAGCAAGUACGGCGGAGGAACUGUCUGCUUUGUUUUCAACGGCUAAUUUCUCACUAGAUUAUGUGAACAAGCACACAGUUGAAAAUGAAGAAGAUAUCGAGUUGGAUAUAGAUGAUAUCGAUGUUGAGGAUACAAAGGAGAAACCCAAAGAAUGGAACUUCUCUGUCCUGAAUAAGCAGAAAUUAAGCAAGAAAUUUCAAGCAAUCAAAGGAAAAUUGAAGACCAAAACAGAUGAAAAGUUAAAUUCAUCAAACAACGGGAAUGAAGAUGAUAAGGCUGUUGGUGGGAUUGAUCAGAUAAAAAAGAAGUAUGGAUAUGGAAUGAACAAUGAAUUUAGUGCAGCAAAAGCUGCAGAGAGCAAGCUGAGUGACAAUGUCAGAAAGUUGCAGGGUAUUAACGACAAGACAUCAGAGAUGAAGGAUACUGCUCAAUCAUUCUCAUCGUUGGCCAAGGAACUCCUAAGAACUACACAAAAAGAUAAAAAGAGCUCAUAGAAAUAUGACUCCUUUAAUUACGCAUAUGAGUUAUAUGUGAUCAUUAUUUUUUACUCCUUUUAAUUUUGGCUUCAUAUUAAUAUGACCCUGAUUUUAUCGGGGUGGUGUUCUCCUGGUUGUUGUAAUCUUUUGUGUACAUUUGAUUUGUGUAAAUUUUAUGUACAGAUAUUGACUACAGUUUGAUUUGGAGGCUGUUUACAGACGCAAUCUUUUGGGAUUAAAGCUUUA